CCGAGGAUGCUCUCCAGCUCCAAUCCUCUAAGAAAGACUUACUGGAGCUGCGCUCUCCUUUGAAAUAACGAGCAGCUUCUCAGUGACGCCAGACUACAAAACGCCGCAUGAAUCCGAGUGUUCAUCUUUUCUUUUUUCUUUUUUUUUUUGUUCAACAAGUUGUACCGGUUCGCGAAAGUGAAAUUAGAAGCCGCAUCGCUUACGCAACUCUGGAGAAGUUUAUGACUGGGUUAGCUUAAGUUGCUAGCUCAAGAAGUCAGAGGGGGGGCUGUUUGUCCUCAGUAUGCUGCGGGGGGACUGAGGAGAGGAGAGGAGGCAGAGCACUUUGUUUUUUUUUGUUGUUGUUUUUUUGUAUUUUCUCUCUGCUCGACAUGAAGCUGGCAGAAGGCAGCACGCAAGCCGCCAGGAGACACAACCUGCUUCGGUAUGGAUAAAUAGCAACACAGCCGCUGCGUCUGUGAGAAGGAGAAGAAAGGUGGAGGAGGACGGCAGCGACUAUGAGCAGGGCAGAACAGAAGGACAAGGUCUUGUCCCGAAGUGAAGACCCUCUCCAGUGCCUUCAUCACUCCGAACCUGAAGCCCUGAUCCGGAGCAGACCUCUCAGCGACGUCUAUCCAUCGCAGGGCCCCGCUGACCGGACGUCUGUCCCCUGCCUGCUGUCCGGCUGUGGCGUCCAGGUACAGUCGGUGGGUUCUGCUCUGCUCCCCGACAAGAGCAGAGCGAAUGGCAUCGGCUCCUCUGCCUGGUCCAACCCUGCGAUAGGUCAAGCUGAAGGAAGGCCUCAUAACUCAAGAAUCAUGAGGCUCUUUUCUAACUCCAGGACGGGCGUCGUCCCUCCUAACGGUCCUGCUGCCGACGGCCCAAACAGCGGCGGCCCCCAGCCGUGGACCGGGUUUUCAGGGCUCGGUGUCGUGGACUCCUUCAAAAAGCUGCGCUCGUCUGUGCUGCAGGGAAUUCAGAGCAAAGGGGCAGAAAGCAACGUCAGACACAGCGCACCUUUACCUAACGGAUCAGCGGGACAGAGUUUAGGACCCGACCCAGCUGACGCAGCCGGUCUUUUGAGGGCGGCGGGGGGAAAUCACGUGUCAAACGGCAGUCUGACAGAGCAGGUAUCAGCGGCGUUCACGCAGUACGGCUCAGACACCGAGGACUACGACGACGAGGAAGCGGACGGUGGCCUCGCCCGCAACUCCCGAUUCUCCAGGAGCAUCCGGAGAGCGUACGGAGCCGGAAGAAUCGCGUUACUCGACGCGGAGAAUGCAAGGAGAGCGGGGGGCGACGGAAAGGACGCGGCGUGCCGCACGGCAAAACCCAAGGACGCGUCAGAGGUCCGCGUCCAAGCAGAGCCCCAGAAGGAGAACGUUAACGGGAAGGUUCUGAGCAGACUGAGUAAGAGCGCGGAGAACCUUCACAUAUUUAAGCUGCCUGCUAGACGUAAAAGCUCAUAUCUAGGGCCUCCCUCCCAGCAGGAAGAUCCACAGAGCAGCUCUCCGUCAAACGGGAAGCCCGGCAUUCAGAGGACCUGCAGCGCCUCCUCUGUGGACCUCCGAGGCAGGAGCAGCCUCAUGAAGAACAAGGGCUCCAUGGUCAAGCUACUGGGCAGCAUGACCGACCUGACCGCCCGACGCAAGCAAAGUCUGUCCCAAAGUCCCACCUCUCCGUCUCCCAUGUCCCCGUCCAGCCGGCUCCACGACGACUACUCCCGCCGCCUGCCUUGCCUGCAAAGCAGCGAGCGACAGCGCCGGCCCGCGCCCGCCGGCGCUCAGGUCGGCUCGGUCCGGUGCACGCCCCUCAUUCACGCCGGGCCCGACAGCAGCGACGACGUCGACCCGGUUUCCUCCGACUCCCGAGGUUCCCCGGAGCAGAUCUCAGCAGAUAUCUCCGCUCAGCAGGAGCUGCCGCCUCCUUCCUCAGCCAGUAAUUCUAAACAGAUGGUCGAACGCGUUUCACCCCCACUCAGUCGCAGAGAGGCUUCCCAGCAGCAGCCCGACGAUGCCUGGCUACAGAACGAGGUGAAAUCACACCUUCAAGAACAAGAAGCACUUCUCCAAACAGAGGAGGCCUCCGCAGCAGCCAGCAGCGCACCUCCCGACCCCCCGGUAUGCCUCUCUAAUGCACCCGCAUCGCCCCCAUCCCCCACAGACGGAGCCACGGCGUCCACAGAAACCGGCACGGUGAAGCCUAGACAGAGGAGCGGGCGCCCCAGACCUCGGCCCAUCUCCGACUACGCCCAGCUCGUUUCCAGGAAGCACUGCAUCCCCGAGGAAGUGCCUGAGCCAGACUACGAGGAAAGGACCUCGGACACGCGGCUGCCUGAUACCUGCAGCUCUAACGGGAACGGGAGCGCCUCUGAGAACUGUGGCAUUAACGGGGAUGUUCACAGACACCGGCCCGUCUCGGUGAUCGGAGCUGUGGAUCCGUUCCCUGCUGACGCUGAGCUGAAGGAGGAUCGCCUCCCUUCUCCUGUGUCGCGGCCACCCAUCCCCUCCCACCAGGUGCCCCCCUACAGAGGAGUGUCUGCCAGAUUGCGGCCCUGCGCCCUCUCCCAGAGCACCCCGAUCGGACUGGACCGCGUGGGGCGGCGCAGACUCCACAGAGUGCUCAGCGCUGGUGUGUCUGAGUCGUCAGCCACGCUCGAUGACAGCGUCAGCGAGGAGGAGGAGGAGGAGGAGAACAGCUUCGAUGAGGAGAACACGCCCUACCUCCAGCCCGGGGUGAAGCUCUCCGUGCUCAACGAGUGGCUAAGCUCGGGCCAUGCCGUGUACGCGGAGGCUCUCUGGGACCAUGUGACCAUGGAGGAGAAGGAGCUGGCGUUCAAGGCGGGAGAUGUCAUCCGCCUCCUGGACGCCUCGCACAAGGACUGGUGGUGGGGCAGGGGGGGCGACAGGGAGGCCUGGUUCCCGUCCAGCUUUGUGAGGGUGCGUGUGAACCAGGAGGACUCGAGCGCUGGGAGUGUGGAGAGUGUGGCGGACCAGGAAGACCCGGAUCCCCGGGAAAAACCCAGCAACCAGCACAGGGAGCAGAUGAGAACCAACGUGGUUCAGGAGAUCAUGAAUACUGAGCGCAUCUACAUCAAACACCUAAAAGACAUCUGUGAGGGUUACAUCCGUCAGUGCCGGAAACACCCGGACAUGUUCACGGAGCUGCAGCUGAAGACCAUUUUCAGCAACAUAGAGGACAUCUACAAGUUCCAGAGGCAGUUCCUCAGAGACCUGGAGAAGAAGUACAACAAAGAAGAGCCACACCUCAGUGAAAUAGGCUCCUGCUUCCUCAUGCAGGGCGAGGGCUUUUCCAUCUACUCUGAGUACUGUAACACCCACCCGGCGGCCUGUGCUGAGCUGCAGCGCCUCAUGAAGAUGGGCAAAUAUAAACAUUUCUUCGAGUCCUGCCGCCUCCUCCAGCAGAUGAUCGACAUCUCUAUCGCCGGUUUCCUUCUCACGCCUGUCCAAAAGAUCUGUAAAUACCCGCUGCAGUUGGGGGAACUGCUCAAGUACACGCCCAAAGACCACAGAGACCACACCGGUGUCAGUGAGGCGUACGAGGCCAUGAAGAAGGUGGCCAGCUUGAUCAAUGAGAGGAAGAGGCGGCUGGAGAGCAUCGACACCAUCGCUCACUGGCAGGUGGCCAUUUUGCACUGGGAGGGGCCGGACGUGCUGGAGCGCAGCUGGGAGCUGAUCCACUCCGGCGAGAUGUCCCGAGCCGUCCGGCAGGGUAAGCCGCAGCAGCGCAGCUUCUUCCUCUUCGACCACCAGCUUGUCUACUGCAAGAAGGACGUCCUGCGCAGAGACCUGCUCCACUAUCGAGGACGCCUGGACAUGGACGAGAUCGAAGUGGUGGACGUGGCCGACGGCCGGGACCCGGACCUGGGCCUCACCCUGAGAAACGCCCUGCGGCUGCGGCACGCCUCCACCCUGGAGCUUGUGUGCGUCCUGGGCUGCAGGAAGGUCCAGGACAAGCAGAGGUGGCUGGAGGCCUUCGCCAAGGAGAGACAGAGAGUGAAGGAGGACCAGGAGAUGGGAAUAGACAUCAGCGACGAACAAAGGAAGCAGGCCAUCGUUAACGCCAGGAGACCAAAACAUGGGAAGGUCAAAACCGUCGGUUAUGUGGACUCUGUCCCGCCCUACCAGAACCUGCCCCCCCUCCAGCAGCGCCACAUCACCAUCCCCACCAGCGUGCCUCAGCAGCAGGUCUUCUCUCUGGCCGAGCCCCCCAGAAGGAAGCCUUACCACCUGCUGCACAGCAUCACUCGCAGCGCCUUCUUCAGGAAAUGACCGUCACUCACAGGGUUUAUUCUCUCUCUCCGCUAAACCGUCCCAAAAACUCAAAGAACACUAUUUGUUUUUUUUUGUUUUUUCAUAAUUUGUGUCAAGUGUUUUUUUUGUGCCUCUCUGUGUUUUGUCACAAUGUGUCCGUUUAUGUUUCUGAGUGCCUAAAAUUCAAAGAGACGUCACGAUAGUGGUUAAAACUCUUUUUCUUGUUUGUCUUUGUUAAAAAUGCUGCUUACUCUAAAAAAAAAAAAAACACCCAUCCUGUUGUUUUAUUAAUUCCAGCUCACUGGUAUAUCUUUAAUUAUGACAACGAUGUUUUGUCCGCUUUUAUGUUCAAAAACAAGGUUUUAGUUUCACAAAGGCCGGGACCUUUUUAUGUUUCUUUUUUUUUUUUGCUGAGUCGGUCAACUCUGAGCACCGGAGGAUAAAUUAACUCCUCUCCUUCUUAUGAACUGUGUAAUACUGUAAAUAAAACUGAUGUACAAACAC